AGCUAUCUUGCGCUUCCGGGUCAAACCGUUGCAGUCCGUUUUUCCUGCUGCAGCACGGGGAUUGGUCCGGAAAACCCGAACCUCGAUCACAAGCGGAACGCUGCACGGGAUUAUAAACGGGUUUCGCGAUUAUUGCAUAUCGACUUUACGCAAGAGACGUCACGGUGACACGGUUUUCCACGGGGGUCGAGCAGAACAUCGAUCUGUAGUCCACCGCCUCUCGCUCGCUCUCUCUCUCUUAACCAGUCAAUCAAUAUCCUGAAGCUUAGAGACUGGUUAGUUAUAUUCUAUUCAGUUACGGUCUGUAUUUUCCAGCAUCCAUUGUUACAGACUGAAGACUGAGAGGAAACACAUCCUGGCUUUUCUUCUUGGAUCUCUAUGCUUUGGAUCUAGGAAUUUGAGGCCCCUUUGGGGUGGUGGGGGGGUUUAACCCACAAGAAUUAGAUUUAAACAAACCCCCCCGCCUAAGACUCAAAGUCUAUUUUUAAACCCAAUAACUUUUCACAAAACUUCUCACAUACAGAUCCAAAAUAGACCAUCUAGCUUUGCAUGCGACAUUAGCACUGCCAGAGCAUUUCACAGACUAUCCACCGUUCAUUUUCACCCUCGGAUCUCCAGGCGGUUUAAACACCACUGACAAGCCGGGGAACGAGCGCUGCUCAGCGUCCACCGCGCUCCAUCUUUUACGCCGCUGAUUUCAGAUAUCACACGCCCAAACCGGACACCGUCAGGCCUCCCCCAGGUUGGUGUACUUCUGAUCGGUGGUCCUCCGCGUUCUUGUGUGUUUUGGAUUGGAUUUGGCGAUCGGAUUUCUCCUACACCCUGAGCCCCGUCGCGCGCCAUGCCCGGCCCGGUGGCCGGUAGUAAAUCUCGGGUGUAUGCCGAUGUCAACACUUUGAAGAGCAGGGAAUACUGGGACUACGAGGCCCAUGUGCCCACCUGGAGUAACCAGGAGGAUUACCAGCUGGUACGGAAGCUCGGGAGGGGCAAAUACAGCGAGGUCUUCGAGGCCAUCAACAUCAACAAUAAUGAGAAGGUGGUGGUCAAAAUCCUUAAGCCUGUCAAGAAAAAGAAGAUCAAGAGAGAGAUCAAGAUCCUGGAGAACUUACGAGGAGGAACCAACAUCAUUCAGCUAAUGGACACAGUAAAGGACCCUGUGUCUCGAACACCUGCGCUUGUCUUUGAAUGCAUCAAUAACACAGAUUUUAAGGAGCUGUAUCAAAAGUUAACAGAUUACGAUAUACGUUUUUACAUGUUUGAACUACUAAAGGCUCUGGACUACUGCCACAGUAUGGGGAUCAUGCACCGUGAUGUCAAACCCCACAAUGUUAUGAUCGACCACCAGUUAAGGAAGCUGAGAUUGAUAGACUGGGGUCUCGCUGAGUUCUAUCACCCCGCACAAGAGUACAAUGUCAGAGUGGCUUCACGCUAUUUCAAGGGUCCAGAACUGUUGGUGGACUAUCAGAUGUAUGAUUACAGUCUGGACAUGUGGAGUCUCGGCUGCAUGCUGGCCAGUAUGAUCUUUCAGAAAGAGCCCUUCUUUCAUGGCCAGGACAACUACGAUCAGCUGGUGCGGAUUGCAAAAGUUCUUGGAACAGAUGAGUUAUUCGGCUACCUGCGCAAAUACCACAUUGAACUGGAUCCACGAUUCAAAGACCUGCUUGGCCAGCAGACGCGGAAGCGCUGGGAACAGUUUGUGCAGACGGAGAAUCAGCAUUUGGUGAGCCCAGAGGCUCUGGACCUUCUUGACAAGCUGCUACGCUAUGACCAUCAGCAGAGACUGACCGCCACAGAGGCCAUGGAGCACCCUUAUUUCUAUCCAGUGAUGAAGGAGCAGUCUCACACUAAUACAGAUGGCACCAUAGUGUCAAGUGGAACCAACACACCCCGAUGAGAGCAGGAACUAGAAAAGGAAGGCGUUUGUUACCUCAAUUUUUUAUCCCUUGUGUCUGAAACCUCUUCAAGUGUACAGUGAAAGUUGGAUCUAAGCAGCACCUGUUACACCUCGUCUCUCAGACACACACACACAUGCACACUCGCAUACACUCACACCGGCACAGACAUUUCCGCUUUCCUGUGUCUGUCAAGGUUGGUCUGCCCCUCUAUAACAGGUCUGUUCCUCUAGCUUGAAGAUUUCAAAGCUUUCCCUCCCAGGUUUUAGAUGAAAGGAGUAUAUCCUAGACUCCACCCCCAAGUACACUGGCCCCUCCCACCUUAAACUAGGCAUGGAGAAUGAAGACCAGAAUGAACCCCACUCCCUCUCUCCUUAUUGGUCUGUGUGUACUUCUGUUCAGUAUUCAGACCUUGGCGCAGCCUCCACAUACUGUAGUAAUAAAGUGGCAUGGUGGACCUUUAUUUCUUUGCUCUAGGUAGAUUGAUUACUAUAUUAAUGAAAAUAAA